AUGGUGAACUACUUUAUUUACGCCAAAGAUUUUUCGGCAUCUACCGACCACAUUGCUCACUACCACAGCAACGGUUUAAAAACUCUUGAAGACUUCAAAAAAGAUGUAGGAAGAAUUAAAUCCGAGCUGGAGAAUACGGAGAAGGAUGGAGAAUCUAAAAUUAUUUACUUGCACUGGGGGAUACGCUGCGAGGAAGUUGAUGAAGAUACCACGAGAAGAACUUACAUUGAUAAAAGAGGUGACCAUUGUGGUACCUGCCCACACACCAUCAUAGAUUGGUUGAAAGAAAAUAACAUAUGCGGUGGUGAUCAUAAAAUCAAGUUGCUGUACAUAGUCACUGACGGUCAAAUCGAUGGCAGGAGCGUACAAAAUUGCUUCGAGAAAAAUGAAGACAUGCUCUACGAGGUAGUCGUCUUCCAUGCUUUCAAUGAACGCAUGCAUAACAUUGACUUGUCUGUAGCUUCAUCAUUCUUCAAGAGUCGCUGCGAAGUUUACAAAAACUACGAUUUAUCCGACAGCACCAAUAUCUCAGAAGAAUUUGAUUAUAACGGUAUCAACAUUGAUAAUUUCGCUGUCCAAAAAGAUAAAAUGAAGUCCUACAUCAAAUUGAAGUUUCUGGCCAAAAAUAAACAUAAUCAUCUAGCUCUGCGUGAGGUUGAGAAAUUGAAGGAUCUACGUGCUCGUCUGUUUAAAGAAUUGUCGUCAACGGAAGAAAGAAUUGACUUGGAAACUAAAGAUAAAAGCGUCUUCCUGGAAACAUUCGUGAAAACUGAAUGGUACAGAAAUCUGUUUAGCUCAGAACAUGACAUCAAAGUCGAUAUCGAAAAAUCCAUAACUACACUAAUCAAUUACAUUACAAGUGAUGUUAAAAGUUACUCGUUUGACGUACUGAAGUUUGAUUCAAAAUUCAACAAGACCGUCCAAGAGGAAGAAAUCAUUGACGUUGACUUCGCUACCGAACAAGAAAUAGAAUUUCCUGAUAUCAUACUUGAUGAUGAUAGAGGCAUACCUGUUGUGAUCCUCACGAAACUGGACUUACUUGAUAAGAUCAUUUUCCAUGGAAAGAAAAAUCCAUAUGAAAUACAGCCAGCUAGCUUCAGUAAAUUCAAAACGGCCAUGGAGUGCCCAUUGUUUUUGUUAAACGAUAAGGAUAUCAGUGAAUCCAUUGGUUAUUUUUACACUCUGAACGUUUACAAACAGCUGUUGGCGAACGGAAAAACAAAUUUGACAGAGCCAAGAACAAGAAAACCCUUUCACGGAGGGUUAGUACUGACGGAGAUUGAUGCAUUUGAUAAGUACAACGACUACAUAAUGUCCGCAACUUACUUCAAUCACAAGAAAGUGAACUUCAAUGUGGGAUUAUUCUAUUAUGUGCUGUGGAAGAAUUGCGAAAAUAAAGAAUGGAUGGAUCGUAAUGUUGUUGACCGGUUCAGGGAGUAUGCCAUGAGACGUGUAAGUGGUACCAUCUGCAGAAUAGGACUCUCCUCUCUACCACUUGACCCUCCAAAUAAAACUUCACUAUUAACAGCAUUGUGGUACAGCGUUGAACUGUCUUCGACGCUAUUCAAACACGAUCCACAGAACUUCUGUCACGAAAGACUGAGAAUGUUCUACGGAGUGGCCCACGCUAUGAUCGAAAUCUUGAAGUACUUUAAUUAUGACCUGGAUUUGAAAGCUAUUGAAAAACGGCGCGAACUGCUCAGUCAUGUGAUGAUAUUGAAGAAAAUACCCAAACGUAGGGACAAAAUCUACUAUCUGUUGGCAAAUAUUUUCAAAAUCGUGGACGGAUUUAUGGUCAGCGAAAUAGAAAAACCUCAGAAUCUGUACAAAUUGAAUUACCUUAAACCAAACCACAAGGAGAUGUUGAAUGAUGAUGUGGUGCAAGGUGCUGUUCAUCUAAACGAUUAUGUCCAUCUGUUGUACUACGUAGACGCCCCUGUUUCUGAAGAAGAUAGUUCAGAUACUUUCGAUAUUUGCCCACAAACAUUCCGUCCUUACUUCGCUAUCGACAAAAAUAAAUCUUUUUACACGGAACUGGUCCAUAUAACUAAAAAAGUCAUCAUCAAGAAUGACCAUGACAUGAAUCAAAUACAAAUAUCAUUCGAGCCAGCAGACGCUCUACAAUUCGACAGAAUUUUAUCCCUAUAUAAACUUUACAUUAAUUGCGUGGAAGAUCAUAAGAAAUAUCCUUCAUAUGAUGAGUACAUCGAUUAUAUUUUGCAGAAGAAAAAAUUUAUCGAAGAUUUGGUCACGAUUUUCCCUUCAAACGUUUUGGCUGGAGUUAAAGACGUUUACUCUAGCUACCAGAAGUUAGCAGCAGAAGUAGACGUUGAUAAGUUUAUAGAAGUCUCUAAAAAGUAUGUGACUAGAACUGAUAGGGUUCGAGCAGAAGACAGAGUUCAGUUUGAGAGUGAAGAGAAGAUCAGAGAGUUUAUAACUGAUGAAGAACAGAAGGUGAUAUUGAAGAAGAAUACCUGA